CCAUAACAAAUCCUCAAUCCUAUAAAAUAACAGUGAAUGCAAUAUCAUUUUAAAACAAAAUUAGCGUCAAAGUAAAACACGAUUUUUCAAAAGAAUACACAUCUGUCUUAAUCAAUACGUAUCAUAGUAUACAAUUCUUCCCAUAAUAAUCCAAGUGAGUUGUUGAGGGUCGGGGGAACAUGGCGGCGUCCUUGAGCAGCAGUCCGUGUGCGAUGAUGUUGAGGUCUUUAGUGAAGUCUGGUACCGUAUGGAACAACUUGGGUGCUAGGGGCCUUCAUGUGACUGCUGUACAGUGCAAGAACCAUGCGGCUCGUAUCCGUGUGGGGAAAGGAGACAGAGGCGUGACCUACGAGCAGGCCCUGCACCCCCACCACAUCGGACACCGCAAAGGGUGGCUAUCCCAGCACCCCUGUAAUCUCAAAGGAGAGGAGGGUGCGGCCGACCGAGCAUUAGAAGACGUGUUCAUCAGACGCUUCAUGUUCGGAACGUUCCACGGUUGCCUUGCCAACGAGGUCGUCAUCAAGAGGCGGGGCAACCUGCUCAUUGUGUGCGCGCUGAUGCUGCAGAAACUCCCACCGCAGAAGUUCUACUUUCUGACGGGCUAUACGGAGUCAUUGCUAUCCCACUUCUACAAAUGUCCAGUUAAACUAGAGAUCCAGACGCUACAGAAACAGGCGGUGUACAAAUACUUGUGAAAGUGUAUUUUUUUUGAUUUGUUUGUGGUGUUUUUGCAGUAGUUAAUAAACUGAUUAUCUUGAUGUUUAAA